AUGCCUCACAACACUUCCUCCACCGCCAGUGUCAAUGGUGCCGAAAUCAACAUUGCCCACCUUGCAGUCGUUGACUGCGCGCGCCUUGCCUCCAAGGAGCCUGGCGAAAUAGAAAAGCUUGUGGAGGCUGCCCGAUCGCCUGGCGUCUUCUAUCUCGAUUGCGGGUCCAACAAAAAGUAUCUCGCCAACGUACAGACCAUGUGCGCCAUGGCCGACAAAUAUUUUGACCAGCCCCAUGAGGUCAAAAUGAAAGACUACCGGGAAUCGGAAGACCGUGGCUACAAAUUUGGGGGAUUGGACAGCACCUUUGAGAUUGCACGUGAUGAGCUAGUCCAGAAAACGCUCGUCCUCCCCGCGGUGUUCGCCAACGACGCUGAACACUUCGAGCAGUUCACCACCAUGUCCCACGAGAUAGCACACACCAUGCUCGCGAUUCUCUCCGAGGAGCUCAACAUUGCGUUCGGUGAGAGCAAUCGCGAUGACAAACCCAGCGACACAGGCCUUAAGCUGGCCACCUCACCGCUGCGGGAGUCACUCUCGGACAUUACAGAGAAUAAGCAUACCGACAGCGGCACGCUGACAAUCCAGUUCUGCGAGCAGUGGGGUACCCAGUUGCAGAUGCCGGAUGGGAAGUGGGCGUUUGUACAGGCGAGGGAUGGAUGCGCCCUGGUAAAUGUUGCGGAUUCGUUGCAGAGGUUGUCGGGCGGGAAGUUGCACUCAUGUUUGCAUAGGGUUACGCAGCCGGCGGAUGGCAAAGAGAAAAGGGUUUUUGUAUUAUACUUUUUGAGGCCGGAGAAGGGCGGCUGUGCUUAG